AUGUGCUUGGUGUAUAUGGAGCAGUACAACAUUCGAGCCGCAAAGGCGGGUCCCCGGAUCGACCCAGCCGACCGCGACGCCCGCGACUUUCGCCGGGCUGUGCGCGCAGGCGACCUGGCCGCGGUCAAAUCGUUCCUGGUCCGGGCCCGGGACAUCGACAUCAAUGGCAUCCAUACCGACCCCGGCGGGGACAGAUACGGGGUCACCGUCCUCCACGAGGCCGCUCUGGAGCGCCGCACGGAAAUCGCGUGUCUGCUCCUCGCCCUGGGUGCUGACCCCAACGCCGAUGCGCCGGAGCACAAGUCAAUGUUUACGCCGCUCCACUGCGCUGUUAAACACCAGUAUGACGGCAACUCCAAGUGGGGCGAGAAGCCCCUUUGCAGUGAUCUUGUGCGUCUGUUGCUCGACUCCGGCGCCGACCCCAACAUUCCCUAUAUGCAGCAGGACUGGCACGAUGUGGAGAUGGGGCCCGUCUGCAACCUGUUGAUGGAGAGGCGAGACCGCACAUGCCAGCACACGCUCGAUGUCAUUGAUCUCCUGAUCAGCCGUGGGCUUGACGUUGGGCUGUACGCAUCGGAGCGAGAAUACUGCUCGCGGACCUUUAAUCGCUACCGUCGUGGCAAAGGCGCUAACUAG